AGUUUGGUUAUGAACUAUAUUUACAUAUAUUUCGCAACGAGAAAAAUAAUAAUUAUUUAUUAUAUAUGUAAUUGAAUUUUUCAUUAAAAAAUGAAUAAUGAAACAGAUAUUAAUUCUGUUUUAAAGUCAUCUACCGUGUCAUGCAUUACUAUCGAAGAUGACAGCGACGAAAUAGAAGUAAUAGAUCUCGAUGAUGAAAUUGAGAAUGAUGUGAAAACUUAUUCAUUCCAUGAAAACAAUGCUUCGAAUACAUUUAUUGAUAUAUUAGAUACACAAUCUAAUAUUGAAGAUAAUAAUUUACAUCCCUUAGAUGAUCCUCUAGUAACUGAAUCAAAUGAAAAUAAUGAAGAAAAAACAAAAGACAAUAAUGAUAUCGAUGACGAAGAUAAUAAUGAUGUUGAUGAAGAUAAUGAUUGCGAGAAUGAUGCAAAUCAAUUCAAAUCACGUAUUUCAUUAUGUUUACAUAAAUGUUAUUUAAAAGUAUCUGAGAUUGAUCGAAAGGAAGCAUAUAAUGAAUUUCGUACAAGAAAAACGCAGGAUUUAAAAUUUCAAUUAAUGAACGAAUUAAUUGAAACUGAAUUUAAAACAACGAGUAAUCGUCAUUAUUCAAGAUUUUUUCUCAGCACAAGAGCAGAACGUAAAAAUGUUUGUAAAAUGUGUUUCAUGUGUUGUAUGCAUAUGACAAGGGAUUUUCUCAAUUUGUAUUUUCGAUAUAAAUUUAAAUACAGCAAACAAAUGAAGAAAGCAAAUUGUGCCGUCAAUAAUUCAGGUUCAAAUGAAGAGUUUAAUGAAUUGAAAAAUUUAGUAACAACAAUUAAUAUUAUUGAUGAGGAAAAUCUUGACGAGGAUGACACUGCAUUGAGGGAGAAAAUAUUAAAACUUGGUUGGAUGAGAAUUCCUGAUUGUAAAAAUAUGUGUUCAACAGGUGUAUCAAAGGAAGAGCAAAAGAAAAUUUUCGUCUCUUAUUGGUUUAAAUCAACAAGAGAAGAGAGAUAUAAAUUUAUCUCAGACAUGACAGAUGUUUCAUAUAAGAAUUCAAAAAUUACAUUUUCCUAUCAUCUUUAUACAAAUAUGGGAAUUGUUAAUGUUUGUCGAUCUUGUUUUUCAAUUGCUCUUAAUGAACAACAUUCAUUUAUUCAUCAAGCAUUGCAAAUAAAAUGUUUUAAAUUACAAUUAUCAAAUACAAUUGAAAUAUCGAAAAAUGAGACAUCGGAAAAAAUUAUUGAUUUGGAUAUGGAAAUUAAUCAGGAAGAUAAAAAAGAAUUGACAGAUAAAAAUAAUCAUGAAUUAAAAAUAAUUGAUAUGGAAAAAGAAUUAAAAGACAUAAACGAAAAGAAUGAUGAUAAUGAUGAUAAUAAUGAGGAGGAUAAUUUUGAUGAUAUAUUUGAGACAAUGGAAAAUUUAAAAUAUGCAUGUGUUAACAAUUAUUUAGAGGAUAAAUAUAAUAUAAGAUUAUCAGCGCGUGGUUGUGGUUGUUAUUUAAAUAUAACAAGAGACACUAGUAAACGUAGUUUUUAUUUAUUUUGGAAUAAAAAAUUAACAUCGAGAAUCAAUUAUAUCAUUGAAUUAACUGAAUUACCAAAAAAUUCAUGGAAAAUACCAAAAUUAGCUUUACAACGUGCAAAAUUUUUAUUUUUCAGUACACGUGGAAAACCACGUCGUAUUUGUAAAAUUUGCUUUCUUUCUGUUCUUGAUAUUUCAAAAAUAUUUUUGGAUUCAGUUGUGGAGGAAAAAAUCAAAAGAGUAAGGGAAAAUGUUACCUAUGUGAAACAAGUAGUUGAAGAAUCAAGAAAUUUUCAAACAAUAUUAAAAAAUGACAAAGUCAUUGAAAGUAAAUUAUCAAAAGGUUGGCGACGCUUGGAAAAUUGUAAACAUAAUUGUGUCACAAGAAUAAGUGUAAACGAUCAGGAAAAUAUAUUUAAUUCCUAUUGGCUGAAUUCAACACCUGAAUCAAGAUAUGAAUUUAUUGAUUCAAUGGUGGUAAGUGUAAAGAAAAAAAAAGUUUUUUGGAAUGCAUUUUAUCUCAAUACAAGUAAAGGUAGAGAGAGAGUAUGUAGAAGUUGUUUUCGUUUAGUUAUUAAUGAAUCGCAAGUAUUUAUGUUGGAUGCUUUACAAAGAAAACCACGAAUUGUUGAACCUGAACUUGAAUUUAAUGAAAAUCAUCUUCAAAAUGUUAAUGCCACAGAGUUUGAAAUUGACGAUAAUAAUUGUCAUUCCACAACUUCGGUAAAUAAUGACAAUGAGGAUGAUGGUGAUGAUAACGAAGAUGAUGUUGAAGUUGAUAUCGAAGAUGAUAACGAAGAUGAUAAUGAUGAUGAUAAUUAUAACAAUGAGAAUGAAGAUAAUGAUGAUUCGACAAUUACAAAACGUUUUCAUCAGCCUCCUUUUGAAAUAUUACUCAACGAAUGGACACCAUUGAAACCAUGUUCACGUGGUUGUAAUUUAUUAAUAACAGAUGAUAGACAAAAAGAAAUUUUCGUAUCCUAUUGGAAAGAUACAACAAAUAAAAUGAGAACAAAAUUUAUACUCGAAAUGGUUGAUGUUAAACCAACGCUAUCAUAUCGUAGUCACACACCAUCAAAUAGACGUUACCAUACAUUUUUCUAUUUUUAUGUAAACACAACAAUGAGAAUGCAAAAAGUUUGUAAACUUUGCUUUAAAACUGUUCUUCUAAUAAGUCAUAGUUUUAUAAAAAAAAUUCUCGAUGACAUUUACUUUUCCAUUAUUGUAAAAUCGAAAAAUAAGAAUGAAAAUAAUGAUGAUGAUGAUGAUGAUGAUUAUGAUGAUUAUAAUAGUACAUUGAUAAGUCAACAUUUACAACCAGAACACAAUGAAGAGACAAUGAAUAAAAUGUAUUAUUUAAAUGAAAAAUUUUGUAAAUGCCCAACAAAACAAAGACACAAUUGGAGUCCAUUGCUUCCUUGUAUCAAUAAUUGUCAUUUAAAAUUAACCGACAAUGAACAGAGAAAUAUUUUCCUCACUUAUUGGGAAAAGAAAUCAUUUGAUUCACGUUUUAAUUUCAUUAAUGGUCGUACGGAACUUAUUCUUCAUGAAAAUUGUGAUAAAUUAAAUAAAAUGAUAUUUCGUACUGGAUAUUAUUUUGUCACACAUCAAGGUCGUCAGAAAUUUUGCAAAUAUUGCUUUUAUCAUAUUCUCGAUGUGUCCGAAACCUUUAUGUCCGCUAUUUUUCAUCAAAAACUUUACAAAAUGAUAGAACUCAGUAUAAUUCCUCUAAAUUCAAAUAUGACAUUUGUAUUUUACGAAGACGAAAUACUUCAACCACGAACAUUAGAAACAAAUGAAAUGGAAAAUCAAAUUACAUGCGAUAAUUGUAUUGCACAUUGUGAAAUAAAAAUGAGACAAGGUGUUUCAUUACUAAAAAAUUGUUAUAAAAAAUGUUGCAAGAAAUUAACAAAAAACGAUAGGAAUCGAAUUUUUUAUGAUUAUUAUUGUCAGGAUAAAAGUAUUGAUGCACGUGAGAAAUUUAUUUGCGAUAUGAUUAAAAAUAUAACAAUUUCAUUUAAUAAAAAAACAAAUUGCGUUGAUGAUUAUAAUUAUGAAAAUAAAAUGGAAUUUUGUCUUCAUACUGAAAAUGGAAUUGUUACAAUUUGUCAAUCAUGUUUUACAAGACUUAUUAAUGAAUCAUUUGAAUUCAUUGUAAAUACUGUAAAAAAUAAAAUGAACAAAUAUGGCGUUCAGUUGAAAUUAAAAAAUAAACAAAUGAUUUCUUCUUCUUCUUGUCAAAAACAAAAAAAGAUAAAAUCUGAUGAAUCCAAAUUGGAAAGUGCUGUAAAUCAUGUUGAGCAAAUAAUGGUAUUGAAUUCUUUUGUAAAAAAUGAUGACAACGAAUUCGAAGAUAAUGAUUCAUUAAAUGUUAAACAAGAAGUAAUUGAAAACACAAAUUUAAAUCCAAUUUCUAUUAAUGAAGUUGUAUUAAAAAUGGAAUGUACAGAUGAAAUUAAUAUUCCGGAUGAAGAUGUGGAGAUGAAAAGCAAUUCAGAAAAUAAUGCAAAUCAAGAAAAUGUGAAUGAAACAAAUUUUUCGAAUUAUUGUAUUGCAAAAAUGGAAAGUCAAGAAGAAGAUACUGUCACAGAUAAGAAAGAAGAGCUUGAAAUUUUUAAUUUAAAAAGUAAUUCAAGUCAAGAAAGUAUUAAAAUAAAAACAGAAUGUGAAGAAGAAAAUAAUAUUUUAGAUAAAGAUUCGAAGAGCCCUUUAAAUCAAUUAACAGAAUCAUCAUUAUCGCCUUUAAAAAGAAAAUCAAGUCAAAUUUCCAUCGAGAAUAAUGAACCAUUUCUUGGAUUAUCAAUAAUAAAAGAAGAAGUUGAUCUUGAAAAUGACAUUGAAUUGGAAACAGAAAAAUACACAGGUCCACCGGAAAAAAUUGCCAAAAUCAUUUCAAAUAAUAAUUCAAAUAUCAAUAACACCAAAGAACAAUUAAAUAUUCAAAUACCAACAAUUAAACAAGAGCCAAAAACAAAAGAACAGAAAACAAAUGAGAAAAACGAAACAACAAAUAAACCAAAAAAAAAACGUGUAACUAAAAAGAAAAUUGAUAAAGAGGAAUUAAAAUUAAUGCCAAGAAUGAAGAUACCAAUUGUUAAUUUUCGUCUGAAAUCAAGACGAGAAAAAUUCAUUGAACAAGAAUUGGAAAAGAUAUUACAAAAAUAUGGUAAAGAAACAGUAAUUGAAAAAAAUAUUCUUUCAACAUGUGAAGAUCCAUCAGAAGAUGAUAUAAAAAAAUUUCAUGAACAUUUAAACAAAUUUCCACUCUGUGAAAGUUAUCAUUAUAAUGAUAAAAGUUUAGAAAAAUAUUUACCAAUGGGUUUAACAACAAAAAUAAUGUACGAUCUUUAUAAACAAGAAAUGACACAGCCAAUUAGUAAUAUUUGGUAUAAUAAAUUAUUAGAGAAAACUAAUUUAAAAUUUCGUUCAUCAUUUUUAACAAAAUGUAAUGUAUGUAGCGCAGCUGCAAUUCAAUAUAAAGUAGCGCGUGAUUUAAGUGAGAAAAGUAAAAUAAAUUCACAUCGCACGGCACAUUUAAUUGAUUCCGAAGAAGCAAAUAAUGAACAAUCAUUAGAUGAGAGUAAUACAAAAAAUGAAAAACAACUUCUCGUCUGUUCUUUUGGUUUUCAACAAAGUUUACCAACACCUUAUCUCACUGAACCAAAUUCCUACUAUAAACAACGUCUCUGGACCUAUAAUUUCACAAUACGCAAUCAAUGUUCAAAAAAAGAUGAGAAAGUACGUAAAUUUUAUUUAUGGAAUGAAAAUGAAGGUAAACGAACAAUUAAUGAAAUUGCCUCCUGUUUAUAUUUAUAUUUAAAAAAUUUACCAUCACGCAUAACAAAAGUUAUUUUCUACUCCACAUGCAAUGAGGAUACAAUGAGUAAAAAUCUUGCCGCAAUGUUUUUAUAUUCAGUAAUAAAUCAUGAACAACUCGAAAGUGUUGAACAUAAAUUUUUAAUAGCCGGACAUUCACAAAUUGAAGUGAACCUCGGUAGUAAAAAUGUACAGGAAAUAAUAAAUUAUCAUCAGAAUAAAAUUCAUGAACCAAACGAUUGGUACGUGGCAUUUCGAAAAUAUAUGCAAGAUUCAGAAUGUGAAAUAAAAACGCGAAAUAAUUUUUAUAAUUUCAAUAUUAUUCGCGAUGAAAUUUUUCCCAAUAAUCAUGAAUUUAUUAAUGAGAAAAAUGUCAAAUGUCUACGUUAUACAAAACAGGGAAUUUUUUAUAAAACCGGAUGGUCAUCAACUAAUCGUUUUCAAAUGAUUAAUUUAAAUGAUUCACUGCAACAUCUUAGGACAAUGAAAUUGGAAAUUUUGCCAAGAGCAUCAAUUAGCGAAGAGAAAAAAAUGGAUCUUUUGUCAUUGAUACCAUUUCUAAGGGCAAAAACAGACAAUUUUUAUAAACAAUUAUUAUACGAUGAAUUAGAUUUAAAAAAUUCGGAAAUUACCGAAAAAUGUCAAAAGACAUCUGGUUCAACAAAUGAAAAAUGUGAAGAAAUUAAAACAAAGAAGAAAAAGGAAAACUCAAUGGUCAAAAAUAAAAAAUGUGAUGAAAAUGAUGAUAUUGAGGAAAUUUGUAUUAUAGAAAACAAAAUUCAACGAGAAGAAAAAACUACUAAUAAAUUUGAAUUAGUUUUAAUUAAAGAAGAAGAAUUCGAAUAAAGUUAAAUGAGAAAAUACGAAAUAAUAUAUUUAAGAAAAAACCAACUGUAAUUGUUACUUGUAAAUUAAAGUCAAACUUCUUUCAGUGUGUAUUUAAUUAAAAAUGUUUCGAUUAAAAUAAUUUUUAUUUAAA